GCAGCUAGGACGCUUCGUUGUUUAGAUAGUGGCGGUAUCUUGUGCUUGUUUAUGGAAACUGGUUCUAUUUUUUGAAAGCGACAGGUAAAAGGAUUCUCGCGGAUCCUCGCUCUUGUCUUGUCUGUAUCCUUUUUGUUUUUUAUUAUUAUUUUAUAUAUUUCGGGUAUGUUUAUGAAUGAUAGAAGGGUAGAUGCGGAUGGAUUCGGGCUAAGUACCCAAAUUGGCUUAACUCGGUUAAGAAGCGGCGCAAGUUUGGUGACGCCCGAGAGAUGAUCUGAAUUUGUGAGAUAUAGAUAUAUAGAUACUCAUAUAUAUAUAUUAUUUGAUUUUUUUGGGAGCAGUGAAGAGACAACGGCGGGCCGGACGGGCUGCUACAGUGACGACGGUGACGGUGACGAAAGGUGCGGUGCACGACGAGUCCUGGGCUGUACCAUCAUCAUUAUCUGCUGGUUCUCAAGACCGUUGUUGCCCCCUUUCUUUAGCACUCCUCUCUACUUGGAGUUGUAGUAGUAGUACACUAGGCGGUACUGUUUGAAGUACCAGAAGUACUUCGUACGUCUGCAAACUUUUUCGAGAGUUUUUCUUUUCCCGACUGCGGCGAAAGCACGGCGCGGUGUUCUGCUGGGGGAAAUUAAAAGGCUAGUUUUAUUAGUUAGUCUGCGACUGCGUUGGGUCAUCGUUGCUGCGCUUCGCUUCGUUGUCGUUGCUAUAGUGAAUAUCUGGUGUGUGUGUCCGCGCUUUGAAACGUUCAACUAUUCAAGGUACACAAGGGGUCGGACAGCAGGAUAUAACGUGUAACGGGCCUGAAGAGAAAUAGAAGCAUAACUACCUGGGCCGUGUAAGUGGUCUAAGCUGUUGCUGUUUGCUGUCGCAGUCUAGUAUUCUGGGAGAAUACGUGCCUGCAGCUCCACUAUAGACACAGACACUCUCACACAUACACACUUAUAUAUAUAUGUAUAUAUAUCUAUCUAUAUAUAUAUAAAUAUAUAUACAUAUAUAUACACAGACAUCAGGUAGAUUUCAAUGUGAGCGGCGAGGUAGUGUUGUGAGAUAAGUGGCUGGGGCUGGUGUAUCGUGUGGACAAGAAGCGGUGUUCAGUGCUGGUCCAUUUUAGUGCAAAAAAAGAAAGAAGAAAGAAAGAACCAUCGACGUCCGAUUUACUUAUACUUUAGUACUUGGAACAAUUGGUAUCGUCAUCACGAUUGAUAGGAGCGCGAGAUAAUGGCAUUAAACCAGGACGAGUCGAAACAGGUGGUGAGAGUGGACCAGGACUCGGAGACGGGCCUGCAGGCACUCUUCGACAGCGUCCUCAAGCCGGACUCGAAAAGGCCGCUGCAGGUGCCGUGGAAGCUGCGGAAGCUUCCGGACUCGUUCUUCAAUCCACCGUCCACCGGUACCAAGUCCAUCAACCAUUCGCGAGAGAACUCGGUGGACUCGGCUUUCGGCUCGUCUAGCGGUGGAGGCGGCGGAGGCGGGGGCGGCAGCAGCAAUGGGGGUGGCACCUCGACCACCCCCGUUAAUACCGUUCCUCUGCAGACGACCCACCACCGUGCCCACAGCUCGCCCGCCUCCUUGCAGCAGACCUACGCGGUGGGUCAGCAACAGCAGACAACCCCAACCCAUCACCAUAUGAAACAGAGGUCGUACGACGUAGCCAGCAAAACGGAAGACAACACACCUCUGCCUCCCGGCUGGGAACAGGCCCGAACUCCCGAAGGACAGGUGUAUUAUUUAAAUCAUACAACCCGUACGACCACGUGGGAGGAUCCGAGGAAGACGACGCUAGCCUCCCAAGUAGCCGCGCAACAGCAUCAAAGCGCUGAACAAUUAUUAACAACACACCAGGUCGUGACACCCUCACAAACACAAUCACCUUCGACCACGUGUACAGGGGCGAAAACGAGUUCAGAUGUAGAUUUAGGUCCGUUGCCGGAGGGUUGGGAACAGUCGCAAACGAGCGAUGGCGAGCUAUAUUUCAUCAACCACCAGACACGCACCACUUCGUGGUUCGAUCCGCGAAUACCUACGCACUUGCAACGAUCACCGGGAAGCACGCUAAUACUGCCUCAGACCUGGCACUCUACAGGAAAUCCAUUGUCUCCGCAGUCGUCCUCAGCUAAGUCGCAGCAGAUGCGCCUCCACUUGCUCCAGUUGGAACGCGAUAAAUUGAAAAUGAGACAACAAGAGAUCAGGCAACAGGAGAUGAGGAGACAGCUGAUGGUCAGGAGUAGUAGUAGCGAUCUGCCAAAUAUGGAUCCUUUCAUGCCCAACCUCUCGGACCACUCGCGACAGGAAUCAGCGGACAGCGGUUUAGGUAUGGGAACUACGUAUUCCGUGCCGCACACGCCUGAGGACUUCUUGAACAUGGACGACAAUAUGGAGGUAGGCAGCGAAAGCCACACCAUGGACACGCCGGAUAUGUCAUCGCUAACUGAUAACAUUGACCCGACAGACGACCUAGUGCCUACUCUGCAGCUGUGUGAGGAGUUCCCCAUGCUGAGCGAUGUGCAGAAUAUCAUCGAUCCACCGACCACUAAACCUGACAACGUACUCGUUUGGUUGUAAUAAGUGCCUGAUUCUGCUCACAUUUCUGUCCUAACAAAUUUACGUCCAAGGCAGCUUUUACUUUGUAGCCAUAU